AGGCGUCAAUACUUUGGACAGCUUGCUAACCGAGCCUUGCUCACUUUUCUCUUUUUAAAGCACAAAGCUCACGUUAGAGCUGAAAUUGAACCACUGCUCGGUCUAUAUGUUGUUUUUCCAUCUGCGGUUUAAAUGGACCCACAUGAGGUGUGUCGUAGAUCUUGUACUUAUUGGUCUGUGCCUGUGACCUUCUACGAACCCGUUGUUCUCCAGCCACAGUACGUGACUAAUAAUGCAAGGUUUGAACCGCCUCCACGGCCUACACCUCAUUUUUAUUACCACACGGCGAUAGAAAGCCCAAGUGCAGAGGAGAACAGAAGAUUCUUUCUAAAAAGGUCUGUAUUUGAUUUGGUUGCUGCUUAUCCAUUCCUUUCUCUAACUGACCCAAAGCUUUUGGGUUGGUAUUAUGCAUUGUCUCCAGAGGACAAAAAGCUCAUCCGAGAUGAAGGAGGGUUUCACCCGUUCCUGCAGAGACAUCCUGCCCUAGAGUUUUCCAAAUAUGUUCAAGUGAAGUAUGACACUGGAAGAGCCAGUCCUGUCCAGAAAGGCAAAAUUUGCAAAAGCCACAACUCAUUUGAAGGACAGAGUUGCAGAUGUGAAAUGUCCUACACACAACAAGAGUUGGAAAUGCUUCCCAGUAAUGUUAGGGACACUUUAAGCCUUCCUAGCUGCAGCAACAGCAGGAAUAUACCACUACAAGAUUCAUAUGAUCAGCUGCAAGACAGCUUCCAGACAACCUUCAAUAGCUCCAUGGCUCAGGACCCAAACCAUCAGAUGGCCCACACAGUUCCCACUGCAUAUCAGCUGAAUCAAGACCAAGCAUGGCAGAUGUCUAACAGCAGCAGUAUCACUGUGCGCAAAGAUCCAUCAACUCUGGCGAGUUUCUCUGUGGAUACUGAACUAGAGAGGUGCAAACAGGCGGCAAAGCCUGAGCUCAGCAGCCAGAUUUCAGUGACACAAAGCCAGACCACAAACUUCUCAUAUCCUAAAGUUGGGCCAUCACAAUCCGAGAGGCCAACAGUUAAAAGCAAGUCUCUCUCUGAGUGGUACAGCUUUGACAGUAUCCAGAUGGAUGCUGCAGAGCAGACUGAUAGCAGCAUCAUCAAGUGUUUGAGGGAAGGUUGUCAGGAUCCCACAGACUACAGCGAAGAACAAUCUGUGGAUGACAGUGAAGCUAGAUGUGAAGAUUCCACUGACAUCUUCCACAGUGUCAUGGAGGAUGAUCAGAGUAUACUGGCCUGUUUGCCCCAAGAAGAGAUGACAGCAUUUGCUGGUGUCAGUGAGACAUUGAGGUCUGAUCAGCCAGCAGAAACCACUGCAGACAAAUUCCCCUCCCCUCUACCUUGUGUCACUACCUGUGAUGUCAUGGUAGAAACUGAGCAGACACCAUACACGCCAGCUUUCACCCAAACUGAAAAGCCUCAAACCUCUGACAAAGACAUCAUCACUGAAGUUCACAUGGCAGAUCUGGACUAUCUUGCUGAGGAAUUCAUGAAGCUCAGGACGGCUAAAGAGGAGCUGAGAGCUCAAAAAGAGAAAAUGAAAAAUUGUGGUUGUAAACUUAGAAAGGAAUGUGACUGUAUGCAGCGUGCUCAGCAGGCAGAGCUAGGCCUCCUGGCUCUGCAGUACAGCAUGUGCAGACAGCACUGCUGGAGACUCUACUGCAACUCUGCUGAGAGGGACCAUCUAACGCCACUGCCAGCUAAUCUACCUGCAGACAUUGUAGGUGUUCUGCACAAACUGGAAUGUGACUUAAAUGAAAUGAGGGAUCAGAUCCUGGCAGGGGUCCCUCUGCAGCAGCUGAAGCCUCUGUCUGUAGACUGCACAAAAAUAACCACAGGAGAAUAUUACACCCCUGCACAGAUCAUUGGUGAUGUCCUGGGAAAUCUUUCAUCUUGCAGCUCCAAGAAGCUACGGGAAAAUCAAACUUUGAAUGAAGAAAAAAGAUGUUCCAGUGGUCAGAGUGGAAACACAAGCCAGAGGAAGGAAAAAGAAAUCAAGAAAGAAACCACCAAAGCAAAGCAAGCUGUCACUCUGGAUGUCCAGGAAAAAAACACCAUCAUUCAUGCACAAAACCCAGAAGAAAAACAGACAACGAUUUCCUGCAAAGAGCUGAACAGCAACGAAGCCUGGUACGAUGCUGAAGAAGAUCUGGAGCCUGCAGGGAGGGGGGCGGCUGCUGAGAGGGAACAAGACCCAGCAAUGAUCACUAAAGACGUGACCAGCGGUGAGGAAGAAAUAUUCAGGAAAGAUGCCAAGAACUCAGUCCUGUUUGUUUCCAACCUGCCCAGUAAUGUGACUGAGAAUGACAUGAUGGUGAUGUUUGAGAAAUACAGUGCAUCUGAAGUCAGUAUAUCUGCUUUGAAGAACGGUUUGAGUGUUGCCAUAGUGAUGAUCAGUGGACCCCAGGCUGCCAAAGCUGCAGUGAGAGAGCUCAAUGGUUGCAGCAUGCAGGGUCGUACUUUACAUGUGGAGCACAUCAACAGAGCUGCCAGUGAGAGCCAGAAUCAGGCCUCACUGUCUGUCAGAGGACCUGGGUCUUCACAGCAUGACAACAAACCCCAAACCUCCAACACUGACCCCAGAAAAACAGAGAGAAAGCUGAUACCUAGGCCUCUGCUUAGCUCCAGCAUCAAGAACAAGGAGGUGGUCUGUAUCUAUCCCACCCCUAAGGCAACCUGUGUGCCCCAACACUACUGCACCAUGGGCAGCUUCGACACACUGAUGGCAGAGCUGACCCAGCGACACUCAGGCAUCAGCAGGCAGAGGAUUGUGGACGCUCUGAUUGAGCUGAGGGCUAAACACCAGGGCGUCCUCAGUGGUCUGCCCCUAAGGACCAUCAGAGAUAUGACGUCUGAGCUUCUGACCAGGCCAGCCACUGCAGCACAGUUAUAGAAAAACAGUUCAGUACAAAAUGUUGUUAAAGUUUUGUUGCCAUCACAGUGCUAAGUACAAGUCUUCAAUGAUGAAGCAGUUAUUUUAAGAAAAAAAAAGUUCCAAAUUGUUCUCAAGUUUUGUAUAAUCCACUAAAAUCUCUGAGUUCUUUCCUAGUAGCAUUGGCUUGUUUUUGGUUGUUAAAGAGAACAAAAAUGCCAUUUGAUUGAGUUCCUGCUCCGCCAGAUUUUUUGGCAAAGAUGUUAAUAUAAAAAAUUAAUGACACAUUCAGCUGUAUAUGCAGCAUGUUUGUUUCUAAUUUGUUAUUGUUAAUUAAAAAGGAUGUGUUCAUA